AUGAGCAAGAAGGAUGAGCUGAUAGUUUUACUCGCCCGCGAAAUGGAUCGUGUGUCUCGCAACUCCGAAAAUUGGCAAGAACGCAUGGCAGCUUUAGGUGAAAUGCAGCGCGCUUUUGAGCUUUUAGAGAAGGACCCACCAUGUGGUACUGUAGCUGCUAGCCUCAGUUCUGAAACAUGGAAAUUAUUGCGACCGCUGAAGGGAAUGGUGCAAGAUUUGCGCUCACAAAUUGUUAAAGAAGUCUGCGCUUUACUCACGACCAUUUCGCGCGUCACGCGCGAUGCUAUGGCUCCGUUUUUGCGUGACAUCUUGCCUACACUUGUGGAAGUACGUGGUAGCGGAAACAAGGUAUGUGGUGCAUACUGCGGCGAGUGUCUUGAGGCUAUUGUGACACAGACGGUGGUCAAGGGCGCCACUUUGAGACUCUUUGUUGAGUUACUAAAUAGUAAAAACUCACUUAUUCGACUGUGCUGCAUUACAUGUCUACGGCAUGCGCUUACUACGUGGAGUCCAGUCAUGGACAAGAGUGACGUGCAACAGUUUGAAAAAGGGCUUCAGCACGCUCUGUACGACGCGAAUUCAUCAUGUCGAGCUCAGGCGCAUGAGCUUUUCUUGACCUUUCACACGCUGUUUCCUAAACAAGCGCUUGUAGUCAUGAAUCUGGUUGAUUAUAAAAUCCAAAAGCGACUUGAAGCACUUGUGUCUUCAAACGUCAGUGAAUCUUCAAAGCUGGCAGACUCAGCAUCAAAUGCUAGCGUGGAUGGAGAUGCUCUAUUGUCUGUACCCCAUGUCCAGGCUUUAGCGGGUUCCCAUCUAGAAGUGGGCGAUCGUGUCUGCAUACCGGACAAAGAAUUGUUUGGCUUUGUGCGAUUUUUGGGGGAAGUUGUGGGUAUGAAAGGCAUUUGGGUCGGUAUUGAAUUGGAUGAGGCAUUUGGCAAAAAUGAUGGAAGUGUGAAAGGAAGGUACUAUUUCCAGUGUAGACCAAAGCACGGUGUUUUCGCACGCCCUCAGCAGGUCUUCCUCACCAUGUCGAGCGCAAAAGUGCACGAAUAUCAGCUCCAGCAGAGACAACAGAUUCCGGAUAGCGAAAGUUUGGUACAAAACGGAAUCGCAGUAAAGUUGCGAGUCGAUACAGAAGGUGAAGAUAAUGAUACAAUUGUAGCGUCAGAACACAUGGUUCAAUCCUCUCCAAGUGCUUCACCACCGGCUUCUGCUUCUGGAAUGGCUCUGCCAGUCCAUAUCGAAACCCCAAUGCCGUCCAAAUUAAGCCUAGUGCUCAAAGAAGCGUCUUUAGCUCACCGUCGGUACCUUAAUCGCCUUCUGAUUCAUGUUCGUUCAGAAUUAGAGGAGCAUGAAAGGUUUGAGAAUUAUGGAGCAACUGCCAGCUCAGCUGACGCAGUCCAGUACUUACAGCAGCUUCAAAACAGUGCCCAGGACAAAAUUGUUCUCUCGGAUGAGUUUAUUCAGCAGAUAAUUCAGGCCCAACAAGCGGCAAGAGAGUCAUAA